CGCCCUGCGGCUGGCCGUACCGCGAGCCCUGCAGCACGACGGGGGCGGGGCCUCGGCCGUAAAGCAGCGCCCGGAAGCACUUGGGUCUGAGCGGCCCCGCGCCCUUGCAGGUUGUCGGGCGCGCGGGUCAUGGCCGGCCCGGUGCGGGGCGGUGGGGUCCGGGCCCUGGGCCUGCUACGGGCCCUGCCCCGUGUGAGCCUGGCCAACCUGCAGCCGAACCCGGGCUCCAGGAAACCGGAAAGACGACCAAGAGGUCGGAGAAGAGGUCGAAAAUGUGGCAGAGGCCACAAGGGAGAACGGCAGAGAGGAACUCUGCCCCGACUGGGCUUUGAGGGAGGCCAGACCCCGUUUUACCUUCGAAUCCCAAAAUACGGGUUUAAUGAAGGACACAGCUUCAGACGCCAGUAUCAGCCUUUGAGUCUCAGUAGACUGCAGUAUCUUAUUGAUUUGGGUCGAGUUGAUCCUACACAACCUAUUGACUUAACCCAGCUUGUCAAUGGAAGAGGUGUGACCGUCCAGCCAUCUAAAAGGGAUUAUGGCGUCCAGCUGGUGGAGGAGGGCGCUGACACCUUUAAGGCGAAGGUUAACAUUGAAGUGCAGCUGGCCUCGGAGCUCGCCAUCGCUGCAAUUGAGAAGAACGGAGGCGUGGUCACCACCGCCUUCUACGACCCCAGGAGCCUGGAAAUCCUGUGCAAACCUAUUCCAUUCUUUCUCCGAGGACAACCGAUUCCAAAGCGCAUGCUCCCCCCCGAGGCGCUGGUGCCCUACUACACUGACGCGAAGAACCGCGGCUACUUGGCGGACCCUGCCGGGUUUCCCGAAGCAAGACUUGAGCUCGCCAAGAAGUACGGUUACGUUUUACCUGAUAUCACCAAAGAUGAACUCUUCAGAAUGCUCAGUGCUCGAAAGGAUCCAAGGCAGAUUUUCUUCGGUCUUGCUCCUGGCUGGGUGGUGAGCGUGGCAGACAGGAAGCUCCUCAAGCCCACAGAUGAGGAUCUGCUCCAGUACCACAGCUCCUGAGCCCGCGUGGCGGGGCGUGGGGGCGCGGCGGGGCGGGCCCCUCGGCGGGUGCUGCUGUUCUCUGCGGCAGCGUGCAUCUUCCUCUGUUUCAUCUAAAUUGAAAUAAAAAUGCAGUAAGCAAGCACUGCAUAGAGGAGCUGGAUCUGUGUGCGUCCUCAGAGGCACAGGCUCCCUGGCUCUCUGUCCAAGGACGCGUGUAACUCUCAGAAAAUUUCCAGUCGAGUUCUUCAUCGUCUUUUCCUCCAGGUCUUGUCUCAUCAUUGCUGCAGGUCCGAGGGAACGAGCGGGGCGGGGGGUGGGGCGGCGCUGCUGGGGCGAGGUCAGAGGCCGCUGAUGAGCUGGUGAGCCUCUUAGUAGCCGCAAGGAAGCUCUGCUCCCCAGGGUCCAGACAGUAAGCCUUCAACUCGGGACCAUUCAGAGGUGGGAUGUGGGUUUAAGGUUCAAGACUGGUGAAGAGCUUGUAAGUAGUUCGGUAUCUGCUAGCAAAAUAGAGACAAAAAUUCCAAGCAAAUUCAGUUUCUCAACUCUGGUGAGUCGACAAAAACGAUCAAGCCAUCAGCGAGGAAGGCAGAUGUUCUAAUUCUGACGGAUGUGAUUUGACCUUGGAAACCUUUGUCUUUCAGUCCUUGUAAAUGAUUUUGAAAAAAUGUUCAAUGAUCAUAUAAGCCAUAAAAACAGUUGGUCAUGUGAAAACUAAACCUGAUUAACAUGAAAGGCUCAGCAGUCAGUAAGCUCAUUAGCUUUGUGAGGAUCUGUUGUGGCCAGACCGUACGAAAGCUUAAUUUGUCUCGAUGCAGUUGAAUCUUGAAUAAUUCAUGAUAAUUCUUCUACAGUAGAAAUAAAGUAAUUGCUGUCUGUUUAUUAAAAUAAAAAAAUUAAAAACCUGA